AUGCUGUGCAACCUCUCUUGGGGGAACACCUCCCUUAAAGGAACGGAUUUGAAAUAUAUUUUGAAAACCUCCCUUGGAGGAACCCUCUCUAUAGGGAACAUUUUUGGAACUGACCGUUCCUUUAUGGAGAAGUUGCACUACCAAAACACUAUUAAAACUAUAUUCUUAAGAAUAAGACUAAGCGCUUCCGGCUUUUUUCAAGACAUACAGAAGAAGUUUGACUUAAAUGUCGAUAAAUUGCCCCAAAGUUUCUCAGUAACCACUUUACUUAAUAGUUGGGAGUUAAGUGUACGACAGGCCGUCUCAUCAGCACUCGAUCCCAUCUGUUUUGCAGUGUUUGUGUUGCCGAACGUAGAGUGA